CAGCAAUACGUUGUUAGUAUUUGUGCUCUUAUGGUACCGACUCAGAAUACCAGUUGAACAGAGGUCAAAUACCACAUAUUAGGUUCUAAUACUUAUCACCGAGUUUAAAAUUUUUUUAGAAGAUUUCUGGCGUGAUUCUUAUCGGUUAACAAUGAUAAAUCGAUAAUUAUAGCGGUAAAAAUAUUCUUAGCCUUUGAAAAUUGAAUCACGAUACAAAGCGAAAUUAAGUCAAACACAUGAUAAACUGUAUAAAAUACCAAAUUAAACGUCCAGAUAUUGUUAGAAGAAAUCAAGAAGAAGCACAAAACGCUACGUUGUACAUUUUAAAACAGUACGGACCAACUUACUAUUUGUUACAAGAUGAUUCAAAGAGAAAAUACAGAGUACACCUAGGUGAUGUACAUACUUGUUCAUGUAGUGACUAUACGAAAAAUCAUGAACUAUGUAUUCAUUUAUGCUGGAUUUUAAUCAAACGGUUCAAAGUAGAUCCUAAUAAUCCUGUGUCAUGGCAACGUGGAUUAGUUGAACGUGAAAUAGCAGCUCUUUUAAAUGGACAAUACUCAGAAGUGAAUCAAGUCACAAAUGUGACCGAAUCUAAUAAUAAGGUUCUAGAUGGGGAUAAUAAAUUUGAUGAAAAGCUUUCAUGUAAUGUACAACGGAAAAUUGCAGAGAACGAUGUUUGCCCAAUAUGUCAAGAGGAUCUUUUUUCGCAUAUACGACAACCAGUAACAUUUUGUCGUAAAAAUUGUGGAAACAGUGUACAUAUACGAUGUAUGAAAGUUUGGACAGAUCAUCAAAGAAGGCAAAACAAUUUAGGUUACAGUAAUUUUGUGAAAUGUCCUAUUUGUCGUGAAGACUUUGCACCAUUACAUGUACUGAUUCGUGAAUAUGCAGAAACUAUGAAAGUGGUAGACAUGACAAAAUCUGCUAAAUUAAGACAUCCUAUCAAUAGGAUUGCUAUUAUUGGUCAAGCAAAUAAUGAUACACAGAAGAAAUUGAAUGUUGAAACAAGUCAAACAAAACAUUCCAACACUCGAUGCUUAUCAUGUUUAUGCUCGCCAAUAUUUGGUAAUAUUUAUCGUUGUGAAAUUUGUCAUCAGCUAGGACAAGAGGAAAAUAUCAAUCCGUUCUUAUGUUCCAUGUGUUUUCGUGGUGAUAAGCAUUCACAACAUGAUCGAUUUGUUUAUAGAGAGAUACCACAUGGAAAAUGGCUUGAUGUACCGUCAAAUCGAGGUGCUAUUAAAAAUUUGACUGGACAAUUUGUUAACGAAUUGCAAGAAACCAAUGGCAAUCUUCGAUUAAACUCAACGAAUCGAUCUAAUAACAACUAUUGGUUGUUAAUCGACGCGGAAUGUAAACCAUUGCAAUUAGCUGAAUUGGCACAAAUUCGUCAAUGGACAAUAAGAAUGUCAAGAAAUCAUUCAGAUUACAUUCUGUCACAUAUACUGGGCGAGAAAGAAGAAACUAACAACGAUUAUGAAGCGAAAUCAUCAUCAUCAUCAUCGAUGAAACGAAGGCCAUUCAUAAAUUCGAGUAUAUUUUCCACAGGAUUAUUAUCACCAGGACGUCAAUGUCUGAUUUGUUUAAUGUCUUUUAAAGUGAACGAUCAAGUUAGGCGGCUUUCACCUGGAUGUCAGCAUGUGUUUCAUUCGGAUUGUAUCGAUCCAUGGCUACUACAUAAGUCAUCGAAAUGCCCAAUUGAUAAUGUACCCGUACGACCUAAGAAACCAAUCAAUGAAAAAUCAUCUACUGAUCGUACACUGAAACAACAAAUAAACCAUGACAACAUGAUUGACUACAAUUUGAGCGAGUUGAAAAUCUGCGCAAAACAUAUUGAAGGUAAAGAGAAACAACUACCACCAGCAUCAGCAGCAUCAGCAACAGCAAAGUUAGUAGGAGUUCAUUCUUCUUCUUCUUCUAAAGCAGAGAGUUCAAACAAUCAUGCACUGAGAUUAAGAAAAAUUUGAUUGUCUAUAGUGUUGUAUUGUUUUAGCCAGCCGGAAAACAGAAUCAAGAUUGUGCGAAAACACAAUUCCAAAUUAAUAUUUUAGGUUGAAAUGAAAGAGAAUGUUUUUGAAUAUUAUUAUCAAAAAUCACGUUAUACUCUUCUUAACAUUUGAUAUCUUUAGUAUUAUUAUUAAUAAAAUUUUUUUGCCGUUUUUAA